AGAGCCGCACUUAGGGCGACUGUUUGUUUAAAUCGCAUUCACACCCAACAAUUUCUGCACCACGCAAGAUCUGUCAACGAUUGGACAAGAUGCGCUCUCCGAUACCCAUGGACGCUUGCAAGAACAGGCAUGUGUGGUGCAGCAGAUCCUGGAGCGUUUGUGCAUCACUAGCUUAACAUCAGUUACAGCCAAACUCCAGCGAAGCGAUAAGGCCGGUAAGUAGCCUCAUAGCAAUGUUCAAGUAAGCCACUGGCAUGAAUCCUCUUGCUAAUCCCUUUGUGCCCUCAGCAAUCGCUUGGAAGGCACCUGCAGCCAAUGCACCAAAUCAAGGCAGAUCGCAGGCACCACACCCGACAUUCACGCAGCCAGCGCUAUUUAAAAAUUCAGCAUCCGACACUUCGGUCAUUACCAACCCCUGGUCACCCUCACAGAAAGCGCGAAUCACAGCAAGGAACGCUCAAGCCGGCUUGCAAUCGUCAGACUCCAUAUCUACGCAGCCGCAGGAGUCGCACGAUCGAACAGCAAACAUGACUAACACCUCGCCACACUCUGGUGUCAAGGAUUCCCAACCUAACACAAGUUGGAUCCGCUCGGAGCCGGCACGGCCACAGAUGGCUGAAACCCGCAAGCUUUGGAUGGAGCACAUCAACAGAGCCAUGGACACAUUAAGAGACAACAAGGCAUGGUCAACGACCGAGCUUGUCCAACGCGCACAGGAGUAUCUUGAGAAACACACGCAGUACCAGCGCCCGCACCCAUGUCCACCGUCUCAGGCGCCGACUGCGCCGAACAAAGCGGCUCGCUACGACAACCUGCACCACUCCUUCUCGGUGCCUGGAAGGGACGCUGUGUUGUAUGCAGAGCCUCAGACGGAGAUAGGUCGUGCUCAGCUGCGUGAGAUUAUCUGGACGUCAAUCCCGUACCGUCUGCAGAUUCAGAAGCCACAGCAGUGACUGAGGGAGCCCAUAUUGUAUGGCUGAAUGCUCGCGUUGAAUGGGGUUGUGGAGCGUGGCAUUGCGAGCGUACUAUGAUUGCGCGUGCACCCGGCGUUGGAGACUUCACG